AUGGUCCGCGUGUUACGAAACGGCGCUGAUGAUGGAGGAAGACAGCCCGCAUCCAACUUACGCUUACCACAGCAACAAGCGCAGGCAAAUCCCUUGACGUCCGUAUGGAAUGCGGGAAAUCAACGACUAAAUGAAUUUGGGCUUCAGAAUUUCUCGGUCGGCGGCUUCGAAUUCCAGCCGAUGCACCUGGUGGCCGCAGUAAUUGCAUUCUUCUUGAUAGGUCCAAUGGGGGCUUUGCUCGUAAUCGGGAUGACAGUGUUUCAACAGUACAGCAGCCGAGAAAGCCCACAGAACCCGGUCGCCACCAAUCUGUUCCAAGGCCGUGAAGCUGGCCCCUCUGCGCCUCGACUCUCCGAACCCAAGCCAAAGAAGACGAACGUUUUUGGCGGAGCAGGACAACGACUUGGAAAU